CUUAGAGCAAUAAAAGUAUAAUAUAACGCAGUUAUUGUAUUUUCAUUAGAAUUUUGUAGCAAAAUUAUAAGUUAAUUAUAAUAGUAUUAUAAUAAUAUAUAAUAGUAUAUAAUAGUUACUAUGAUAGUUAUAAUAGUAUUAUAAUAGUAUAGUUAGUAUAGAAUGAAAAUGGUUUAUUUGGAAAAUAGUUAUCACGAUUUGAAAACGGUAGAUGAAACAGAAACUUCAAUAAUUUCCGUAAGCUAUGGGGAAGUGUUUAUUACAGAAGAUAAGCCUUUAAAAUGGUGGAUCUCAUGCAACAAUUGCGAAAGUAAAUACGACGAUUUAGAUAAUUUUUUGAAUCAUGCUACUAAAGUCCAUCUAGAAAAACAAACGAACAUUCUUACAACUGAAAAUGAAAGUUUUCAAUGUGAUGAAAGGCAAAGUAAAAGCAUUGAGGAUGAAAAUAUUACUUAUCAACUAUUUUUAACUGACCAUGAAAGUUAUAAAGCGAAUGAAAAAAAUAGUGAAGGUAAACUAGAUACAGAGAGUAAAACUGAAAAUGAAAUUGUAAUGGAAGAUAAGGAAAUAAAUGAAUCGGAACUUAAUAUUGAUACAAGAUCUAAUAGCUCAGAUAAUAAAUUGGGAAAUUCAAACUCGAAAACUAAAGCAAAUUCUAAUGCAAAACGGGAAAUAUAUCCAUGCCCGCAUUGUGAUAAAACAUAUACCGGAAAAAGGGCUCAAGGGGACCAUAUCAAAUCUCAUUUUCAAUUACAGGAAAUAUUUAAAUGUGAAGUGUGCGGUGUUACUACAACGAGAAAGCAUUAUUUAAAAAUACAUAUGCGAAUUCAUACUGGAGAAAAACCUUUUAAGUGCACCGUUUGUCCUAAAGCUUUCACCGCACAAAAUAAUCUUACAGUUCAUAUGAUGACGCAUACUGGAGAAAAAAAGUUUUCUUGUUCGUUUUGUGAGAAACCAUUUCGUACCAAAGCAGCUUGUGAUAUACAUCAAAGAACACAUACUGGUGAAAAACCAUUUCAAUGUGAUGCAUGCGGGAAAAAUGUAGCUAGCACUUGCACUUUAACGUUUCACAAAAAAUCAUGCCAUAAAAAGUCUGUUGAAAAGUCCAGUGUAAUUAAGGAAAAAUUCUGCCAAAUUGCAAGUAUGAAGACUAUUAAAAAAAAAACAAAAAGGAAAUCAGCUAAACAAGAUUUUGAACAACAUCUAUUUAACAAUAAAUUUACUCAUAAAAAGAAAGAAAAAAAAUUUAUAUGUCAAUUUUGCUCUAAAAGUUUUGAUGAAAAAGGAUUAAAAAUGCACGCAAGAGUUCACGCGGAAACCAAGGAUUACAUGUGCAAUAUAUGUAAGGAAUAUUUUCGAACGUAUCAUAGCAUGACGUAUCAUUUGAAAAGCAGACAUGGCUGUUUAUCUAUGCCAAAUAUCAAUUACACAUUGAAAGGAAGGAGUGAUUAAAACGUUGUACAGUCCUUUUGUCUGCAUUCGAUUUCCAAAAGUUCAAAUACUUCAAACGUUGAAAUUCUCAUGCUAUUCUAUGAUAUUAUUUUUCAUAUUUAAAAAUCUGUCAAACUAGCAUAAUGAACUUUUAAAUUAAUCUAUGAAAAUGUAAAAAUCAAAAUUUAAAUCGUGUGCUUACGACGUCAAUUUUACAAAGUAUGAAAUUCCACAAAGUUUAGCGAAAGCUCUGGACAUUGUAAACUUUUACUAAAUGCGUUUUAUACGUAGUGGAGACGUAAAAUAAAAAUAAAUCGGUAAUCGCAAAAAUUGAACACGCUUUUCUUAUACCUUGUCAUAUAAAUGUUGCCAGAAAUAACCGAUAAAAUAAACUAGCAUAUAUUUUCAGCAAUAAAGUUCUAAUUAUCAAGUUUUUUUCCUAAAAUGCAGCAUAAAAAUGGUAUGUUUUUAAUGAUGUAACGUUUUAUAAAAAUGAACAUUAAUUGCACAGAACUUUAAAUUGAAAUUUUCAAAUAAACGUCAAAGUUUUAUUGAUAUGGUAAAAAUUGUAUUCCAAAAUAUACGAAAAGCUUUAGUAAUUUUUUUUACAAUGUAAAGGUACUGAAAGCUCUGAGACGGUACCACAACCGUAUUAAUACAGCACUUAAAUCUUUUUUAAAGCAUUAUUGAAAUCACGGAAACUGUAUAUAAGUAACAAAAACUUUCCGUGACUUCAAUAAUGCGCUUACGCCCAAACUUUACAAAUUAUCACAUUGCAAUGCAAAAGUUUAGUAAAAGCUCUUGACAUUGUACAUUUUUCUAAAUGCGUUCUAUACGUAGUGGAUAAGUAAAAUAAAAGUAAAUUGGGUAUCGAAAACAUCGAGCACGCUUUUCUUAUACAUGUCAUAUAAAUGUUGUCAGAAAUAACCAAUUAAAUAAACUAGCAUAUAUUUUCAAUAAAGUGCUAGUUAUUAAGUUUUUUUUCCUGAAAUAGCAUAUAAAAAUCCCAUAUUUUUAAUGAUGUGGUAACGUUUGUUAAAAAUUAACAUUUU